ACCAAGAUGUCUUGCUACGACCUGUGCCCACCAAGAACCGGCGUGGCCGUUCCCCAGCCCAUCGCUGAGAGCUGCAACGAGCUGUGCGCCCGCCAGUGUCCCGACUCUUCAGCCUUCAUCCAGCCACCGCCUGUGGUUGUCACCUUCCCUGGCCCCAUCCUCAGCUCCUUCCCCCAGCAAGCCGUGGUGGGCUCCUCCGGAGCACCCGCCUUUGGAGGCAACCUGGGGCUGGGAGGCCUCUACGGUGCUGGGGCCACUCAGGCCUCAGGGGGCCUCUGCACCUUUGGCAGACCCUACGCUCCUGCCGCCUGCAGCCCUCUGGCUCUGCCCCGCUACAGCCAGCGGCUGUGGGACACCCGUGGAUCCUGCUAGAGGAACUGCUACAGCCUUCAUACCUGCCAGUAAUGGAAGUUCUUAGUAGAAGCUAGUCAUGCCCAGUGUUGCAACUAUUAAUCUUUUCUAUUAACACUGAUAUUUAUGGGUUUAAUUUUUUGUUUCACUCAAGUUUCACACAUCUUUUCCCUAAUAUGCUCUUUUGUGUAUUUUCAAUGUGUUAUAUUUUCACGUUUGUUUUGCUUUGUCAUUAUCUUUGUAAGUUGUGGCAUGAACCUGUGUAAAAUAUUGUAUUUUGUUAUCUGUGGUUGAAUUUUUAACUUGACAACUGUAAGAGUAGAAAUGUUCAUCUGCAUUUUUUCAUUUC